AUGGCUCACCGCGGGGAAACCCUUCACAAAGAUGUAUGCUGCAUUGCCGACCUGAAGCAAAUGGGGAGCAGUCGGCUGUCUCCGAUGGUCAGAGACUACUACAACGGAGGAGCCAUGGAUCUAAUCACUCUGAACGAGAACGAAGCAGCCUACGACCGCUACAAGAUCCGCCCCCGGAUCUUAAUCAACGUCGAUAAAAUCGACACAACCGCCGAAAUCCUCGGCAGCAAGGUCUCACUCCCAUUCGGCUUCAGCCCCGCUGCAUCAAUGAAACUCGCGCACCCAGACGGCGAGCUCGCGACCUCGCGCGCAGCCGCAAAAUACGGUCUCUGCAUGGGCCUGUCCUCAUACUCGAAUUAUCCACUCGAGGAUGUUGCCGCUCAGGGCACCGGCAAUCCGUAUGUGAUGCAGAUGUGUGUACUGCGGGAUCGGGCGAUUACGGUGCAGUUGCUAGAGCGGGCGGAGAAGGCGGGGUACAAGGCAUUAUUCCUGUCGGUUGAUGUACCCGUGUUAGGCAAGCGCAUCAAUGAAUACCGGAAUGAGUAUACUAUCCCGGACGAUAUGUCGUGGCCGAAUGUGCUUAGCCACGGAGGGGAUCACUCGGAUCGUACCGAGUAUGACCCCAGUUUGGACUGGGAUAACACGAUUCCUUGGUUGAGACAGCAUACAUCUCUGAAGAUCUGGCUUAAGGGUGUAACGUCUCCCGAAGAUAUAGAACUGGCCAUCAAAUAUGGCAUUGACGGUGUUGUCAUUUCGAACCACGGUGGCCGGCAACUAGACGGCAUGCCGUCGACGGUGGAUGCAUUGCGGGCCUGUGCCCCGGUAGCCAAGGACCGAAUGCCGAUUGCGGUGGAUGGGGGCAUCCGACGCGGCUCGGAUAUCUUCAAGGCGCUGGCAUUGGGGGCUAGCUUCUGUUUUAUAGGAAGGAUCCCGAUCUGGGGGUUGGCUUAUAACGGACAAGAAGGCGUUGAAUUGGCGAUUCGGAUUCUCCGCCAAGAACUGAGGAUCACCAUGGCAUUAGCCGGGUGCCGAACGAUCAGCGAAAUCCAAAAAUGCUAUCUUUCUGUUUUGCAGCCGGACGGAAUCUUCUCGAAACUGUGA